UCCAGGCCCGCGGGGUCCUCGAGGCCGGGCGCCGACCUCUCGGUGCGGCCUGGCUGUAGCGUCCCCUGGUGGCGGCGGCGAGGACGGCCGAGCAGAAGGUUGGGGGGUCAGAUCCACCGCCAAGCCCUUCUCUUCCGAGAAAUCCUUUUAAUCGGUUUGGAAGCCGCUUUCUUAACCAGGCCCGCGUUUGCCUCUGUGACCUUCUGCUGCACCUCGCGACUUUGAGUAGAGACUUGCGGCGCUGGAGGGGCCUGGGCGCUGCAGACGACCGACCGCCGAGUGGCCCCGAGGCGGGGCGAAACUCAGCCCGGGCGGCUGGGGCUGGUUUCCGCACCCGUCCCUCACCACCCAGCGUCUGGGGCGCUUGCGAAGUUUCUAACUUCCGGGGUUGGUUUUCCUGAGCUUGAGGUGGGGUGGCCGACCGAGGGGCGUCGCUGUGCCGAGUGUUUGGGCGCGGCCCUUUAAACUUUUUUGCUUUUUAAACUUCGGGGGUGUGGUCGCGGCCCUCCUCUCUCCGCGAGUUGCUCCCUGGCCGCCCGGUACUUCCCUCCGCCCCGCCUUCCAGAUGCAGUGGAGUCAUGAGCCGGGAGGGUGCAGGGACCCCUUUGGUGGCCGAGGUGAUCAAAGAUCGCCUUUGUUUUGCCAUUCUCUUCAGCAGACCAAAGAGUUCAUCAAAUGUACAUUAUUUCAGCAUAGAUAAUGAACUUGAAUAUGAAAACUUCUACGCAGAUUUUGGACCACUCAAUCUAGCAAUGGUUUACAGAUAUUGCUGCAAGAUAAAUAAGAAAUUAAAGUCCAUUACAAUGAUGAGGAAGAAAAUUAUACAUUUUACUGGCCCUGAUCAGAGAAAACAAGCAAAUGCUGCUUUCCUUGUUGGAUGUUAUAUGGUUAUAUAUUUGGGGAAAACUCCAGAAGAAGCAUAUAGAAUAUUAAUGUUUGGAGAUGCAGCCUAUAUUCCUUUCAGAGAUGCUGCCUAUGGAAGUUGCAAUUUCUUCAUCACACUUCUUGACUGUUUUUAUGCAGUGAAGAAGGCAAUGCAGUAUGGCUUCUUUAAUUUCAACUCAUUUAACCUGGAUGAAUAUGAAUACUAUGAAAAAGCAGAAAAUGGAGAUUUAAAUUGGAUAAUACCAGACCGAUUUGUUGCCUUCUGUGGACCUCAUUCAAGAACCAGACUUGAAAGUGGUUACCAUCAGCAUUCUCCUGAGGCUUAUAUUCCAUAUUUUAAGAAUCACAACGUUACUACAGUUAUUCGUCUGAAUAAAAGGAUGUAUGAUGCCAAACGCUUUACAAAUGCUGGUUUCGAUCACUAUGAUCUUUUCUUUGCGGAUGGCAGCACCCCUACUGAUGCCAUCGUUAAAGAAUUUCUGGAUAUUUGUGAAAAUGCAGAGGGUGCCAUUGCAGUACACUGUAAAGCUGGCCUUGGACGGACAGGCACUUUGAUAGCCUGCUACAUCAUGAAGCAUUACAGGAUGACAGCAACCGAGACCAUUGCUUGGGUCAGAAUCUGCAGACCUGGCUCGGUGAUUGGACCACAGCAACAAUUUUUGAUGAUGAAACAGGCAAGCCUCUGGAUAGAAGGUGACUAUUUUCGUCAAAAGUUGAGGGGUCAGGAGAAUGGAAAACACAGGGCGGCUGUCUCAAAGCUCCUUUUGGCCGUGGAUGACAUUUCAAUCAAUGGGGUCGAGAAUCGAGACAAGCAAGAACCUGAACUGUACAGUGAUGACGACGAAAUCAAUGGAGUGACACAAGGUGAUAGACUUCGGGCCCUGAAAAGCAGAAGGCAGUCAAAAACAAACGCUAUUCCUCUCACAUGUCCCCUAGCUGUGCUGACCUCUGCACUGUGUAGUAUUGUCAUCUGGUGGAUUGUUUGUGACUACAUUCUCCCCAUCCUGCUAUUCUGUCUCGAUGGUUUCAGAACACAGUAGCCAUCAGGACCCUUGACAGAUAGCUGCUGUUCCCUCCAUUUCAAGGACUAAAACAGUCUUGCGUUAAGUAAAAACCUGUGACCAGAACUGAAGGAAGACUCUAGGAACAGAAAACUACAACAGGACUUUAGCACAAUUUAUUUGGGAAAAAAAAAAAAAAUUGCAAAAGCCUUAGCUGCUUUCCACCUAACAAGUUUAUUCAAUGAAGAAAAUGUCCACUGGAAUUUAAAUAACUACAUGAGCUUGGGUGCAAGUGAAUGACUUGAAGAGGGCCCAACUCUCCUAGAGAAAAGUCUUGAACACAAAAAGCUGUUGUAAAUUAGUCUCAGGUGUAAAUAUCAAAGCCCUCUGUUAUCAGGAGAGCUGACUAGUCUGUGUGGUGCACGUAUGUCCCUGUGAUGGCAAUCAUUUUAGCUGCUGGCCUUCAGAAGAAUUGAAGAUCUGAUGGAGGUUUUUUACUUAUUUAUUUGCUGUUCACCCUGUGUCAAAAUUUAUAAAGAUAAAACAAGCAUUACUGAAAUGGUACUUUCUGUGAUUUGAUACUAUUUGGUUUAAUCAUCUUCACUUUAAUAUUUGUAAUACUGUUGUAAUGUUAACUCUGUUAAGUACCCAAGCUGCUUGUCUUCCACCAAAGAGUGCUUUAUUAACAAGAAUCUGUGAAAACCGCAUUUAAAGACUGUUGCAUGUUGUAAUACAAAGUGGUACUUUGGUAACCUAAACCUAUCAAGAGAAUGUUAGUAGUAGCUUUAGAAGACUCAGGAAGAGAGACUAGCUUCAGAGUUGGAAAAUUGUUGUAAGUCAUUCUUUUUUGUAUCACUUUGAGUCUGAAGAAUGUCAAGCCUGCCCACUAUUUGGUUACCCAGUCAUACAAACUAAAAUCGUAUUUCCAAGCAGGAAAAACCCCCACACUGUUGCUGUUUCCCCUGGAAACAGUGAUCCCAAAUAAUAAGGACUUUUUUAAAAAAUUACUUUGUUAGGGUCUUUCUCUGUAGCAUUGUGAAUUUUUGUUGUUGUUAUGUUAAUGGCCUCAGGCCUUUUGGUUUCAGUCAUGGUUAUUUGCAUCUAGAUUUCACUUAUUUGUAAAUAAGAAAAUCACUGUUGCCUUUGGUUAGGGAAUACAACUAAUAACUCUUUGCAGAGUGCCUUCUCCCCUCAGUCCCACAGAAACACAACAGUCUGUAAUGUAAAGCAAUCACAAAACAAUUUAUUUGCUGCUAAAAAGAAACAGGGCCCCAAAUAAAAGAAUAUUUAUAAUCACCUUGGUUACUUCCAUAAGUGAAUGAUUUAGUUAUUGUUAACCAGUGUUUGACUAUCCUAGUUUCAAGAAAGAGGAGAUAUAUUGAAAGGCAAAAUGCCUUCACAUUCUUUACAAGAUGAAUGCCUCAGGUCAGUAGGCAAUGCCAUUUUUAAAAAGCUGCCUUCUUAAUGUAGUUACAAAGAAUAAUGAGUGGUUGGAAUAAGCAGAUUAAAGUCUGUUUAAUGUAAAAAGUAAUUAGAAGACUGUGGAUCUCUUAUGGUAUUUACUGUCUUGGAGUAAAUUAUAAGUUUGCCUAGUUUUGAGGGGAGAUGGAAGAUGCCAUUGUUUUGAUCAAACAAGCAGCUCCUCCUCAUCGGGCACCAUGAGGUAGGGCUAUGCCAGCUUCUAAACAUCAGGACCAGACCUCAGAAAAAUGGUGGUUUUCUAUCCCUGAAAGUUCAUAAAUACAAAGACCCACUUACCUGAGGGAAGACAGCUCUUGAUGAAGCUUUGAGUGGGAAAAGAAACCUUCUGUUGGCUGUGUUGUUCUGGGAGAUACUAAAUAUUCAAGCUGUGCCCAGGUAUAAAACACUGAAUUCUCAGGGCAUCUCUUCUUCCCUUUAUACCUUUAAAGGCCAUUUCCUACAUAACUGAUCCCAGCAGUUAUGAAAAUCAAACUUCCAUCUGAACUGUUCUUGCUGAUCAGCAGAACAAGUAAAUGCUGUCUCCCUCACAGUGAAUAAGCCAUCUGAUGUUUUGGCCAAGAGUGAAAAAUUGGGGCUUCAAUGUACUUUUUGUUUUACAAAUCGCCUUUUUGUGUGGCUGCUCAAGUUUUCCAGCUAGAGUUGCUAUCACUGUGGUUCUUUCUAAAAAUCCUUGUUUUUGACAGGCUCACUGAAAGUAGUCAUAGCAAACUAGUGAUUUGUUAAGAAACAUUCCUUGGAACACACAACUUGGGAUAGUGCUUCAGAUGGAUUGUAUAGCACAUUGUUAAGGGGAUAUUGAGAAUCUAGGAAGUCUCUGGGUCUGACUGAUGGAAAGUUCUUCCUGCUGUGAAUAAAAGACUCUUCCUCCUGUCCCCAAACUGAAACUUCAGCACACCCAAGAAUCUUCUCAGAAUCUCAUUUUUAAUUUGUUGUAUAAGAUCUUGGUAUGGAAUAUGAAAUAGGGCAUGUCAGAUAUGGAGAGAUUUCUUUAACUUGAAAGCCUUAAACAGCUUUGAAAAUAUACUAAGAGACUUUCCAUCAAGAUAAAAAUUAGAAAUGAGUAUUUUUAGGUGCCCUUGAAGCUUUCUGGGGACUCAAAUCAUCAGCAGUCAGGGACAAUCCAAAAGAAGAGUGUCUGCCAAACUGGGUACCUAGAUGUGUGAAUGGACUUCCAUUUUGUAAUGCUAAAGAAAAAGUAGAAAUCCCUCUAACCUGUGAAUGAAGAGGGAUGGAUCCUGAGCAGUGCCUCAGUAAAACAAGUAGCCUUACUUGUCAAAAUGUAGCUGCAUCUAAGUGGCACACUGCUCUUCUGGUCUCCAGAAUUUUUCUGUUCUAAACUUGUUUCUCUUAGCCUGUCCCCCACCCGCUUGCUUCCCUGCCCUCUUCCGCCUCUCACAGGGGUGAUUUCUACCUCCUGGGCCCAGACAAGAUCUAAAAGAGUUCCCAAGUGUUCUCAUGAGGCAAUGUGUCUGCCCUUGGAGUGUGAGAUGCUUCGGUGAGCUGUUCGGACCAUCAGGCAUUCUGGGCCACGUUAUGCAAAGAGCUCUGGGAGCCUCUCCUUUGCUUGACAAAUGAGCAUUGCGCGCCUUUGAUGUUUGUCAGAAAGUAGCAUAGCUGCUUCUCUUCAUACAUUUUUUUUAAACUAGCAAUUGCAUUUUGGGAAGCAAAGGCAACUUUAAAAGUCUAUUUUAAUUCUGUAAUAGUUUUCUCCCCUCGAAACUGUCCUGUGAGGCUAGCUGCUGCUCUUCCUUUUCUCUUACAUCUGAGUAUUCUCCAUGUCCCUAAGUGGAAAUACUACAGAUGUGUUUAAUCGACUGGACAGUUCACCUAUACUGUGUAGGAAAUUACCUCCUUAAUUGCCCAGUAGAAUUAACUGUCAGCAGAUAUGUUCAUCUGAUUAUAUUACUGCAGUUUUAUAUCAAUGAUUUGCAGACUUUUAUCUAACCUGCACUCAUGUAUAGAUUAUUAAAAGUUUUAAAAUGUAACUGAUUAAUCAAUAUUUGAUCAAUCAUUGUCUUGAUUUUUUUAAGUAAAAUGUAUAUUUCUAAUCAUAUUUUAUAAAGCUGAGAGAACUGGUUGAAUGAAUGUUUAUUUUCCUGAAGGUAUUUUUAAGAUAAAGCUUCAUAAUGGCCUGUAAACUUUGCAUAUCUAUGUAGUUUGAUACAUAUUGUCAAUUUGUGUAUUGUAACUGGUUUUAUACAAAAUGUUGAAUAAUGGAAGUUGUAUAAUUAUAAUCAUAUAAUUAAAAGUAUUAACCAAA